UCCAUAAAAGCAGCCCGGGGGAGCCAGGAGAGCGAAGGGCGGACGUGCUCGCCACAGCAAGGAGAGCGAAGGGCGGACGCGCUCGCCACGGCACCCGGGCUGCGCGCACGCGGUCCCCGUGUGCGGCUGGAGCGUGAGCGGCCACCGGGAGUCCCGGGGACAGCCCGCGCCCGCCCUGCAGGAGCCCGCGAAGAUGCCCCGGAGCAGCCUGCAAGCGGCGGCCGUGCUCCUCCUGGUGAUCUUAAAGGAACAGCCUUCCAGCCCGGCCCCAGCGAACGGUUCCAAGUGGACUUAUUUUGGUCCUGAUGGGGAGAACAGCUGGUCCAAGAAGUACCCGUCCUGUGGGGGCCUGCUGCAGUCCCCCAUAGACCUGCACAGUGACAUCCUCCAGUAUGAUGCCAGCCUCACGCCCCUCAAGUUCCAAGGCUACAAUCUGUCUGCCAACCAGCAGUUUCUCCUGACCAACAAUGGCCAUUCAGUGAAGCUGAACCUGCCCUCGGACAUGCACAUCCAGGGCCUCCAGUCUCGCUACAGUGCCACGCAGCUGCACCUGCACUGGGGGAACCCGAAUGACCCGCACGGCUCUGAGCACACUGUCAGCGGACAGCACUUCGCCGCCGAGCUGCACAUUGUCCAUUAUAACUCAGACCUUUAUCCUGACGCCAGCACUGCCAGCAACAAGUCAGAAGGCCUCGCUGUCCUAGCUGUUCUCAUUGAGAUGGGCCCCUUCAAUCCGUCCUAUGACAAGAUCUUCAGUCACCUUCAACAUGUAAAGUACAAAGGUCAGGAAGCAUUCAUUCCAGGAUUCAACAUUGAAGAGCUGCUUCCGGAGAGGACUGCUGAAUAUUACCGCUACCGGGGGUCCCUGACCACACCCCCUUGCAACCCUACUGUGCUCUGGACAGUUUUCCGAAACCCUGUGCAGAUUUCCCAGGAGCAGCUGCUGGCUUUGGAGACAGCCCUGUACUGCACACACAUGGACGACCCUUCCCCCAGAGAAAUGAUCAACAAUUUCCGGCAGGUCCAGAAGUUCGAUGAGAGGCUGGUAUACACCUCCUUCUCCCAAGGGACAGUGUUUGAGGGCAGUUACAGAGGAUCGGAAGAAACCGGGCAGGAACUUGACUCUGACAUCCAAAAGUAA